AGACUUUGCAACUUGCAAAAAAUUUCGUCAAGCUGUAUAAUCUGAAAAGUCAAAUUCUAAAGCCUUCCUUAGUUUUUCUUUUAUAUAAACAGAGACGAAAACACUUUUUUCCUCUGCUACUUUCUCUGAUCUCUCCCACCAUUCUCUCUCAAACAUGUCGGGAGUUUUAAAUUGCUCUGCCACCGAUCUCGCAGUCCUGUUAGGCCCUAAUGCCACGGCGGCGGCUAACUACAUCUGCGGCCAAAUCGGCACCGUGAACAACAAAUUCACCGACGUUGCUUUCGCGGUAGACAACACAUACCUUCUCUUCUCCGCUUACCUCGUCUUCUCUAUGCAGCUCGGCUUCGCUAUGCUCUGUGCCGGAUCGGUCAGAGCUAAGAACACGAUGAACAUCAUGCUCACCAACGUUCUUGAUGCCGCAGCCGGAGGUCUCUUCUAUUAUCUAUUCGGUUACGCCUUUGCUUUUGGAUCUCCCUCAAACGGUUUCAUCGGUAAACAAAACUUCGGUCUCAAAGACUUUCCAACGGCGACCAAUGAUUACUCCUUUUUCCUCUACCAAUGGGCCUUUGCUAUAGCCGCUGCCGGAAUCACCAGCGGCUCCAUCGCUGAACGGACUCAGUUCGUUGCUUACCUGAUCUACUCGUCUUUCUUAACCGGAUUUGUCUACCCAGUCGUCUCUCACUGGUUCUGGUCCCCUGACGGUUGGGCCAGUCCAUUUCGUACCGACGGUGAUUUGCUUUUCAGUACCGGAGCGAUCGAUUUUGCUGGAUCUGGUGUCGUCCAUAUGGUCGGAGGCAUCGCUGGUCUCUGGGGUGCUUUGAUCGAAGGUCCCCGACUCGGCCGUUUUGAUAACGGUGGUAGAGCCAUCGCUCUAAGAGGCCACUCGGCGUCACUUGUUGUCCUUGGAACAUUCCUCCUCUGGUUUGGGUGGUAUGGAUUCAACCCUGGUUCGUUCAACAAGAUCCUUGUGGCUUACGAAUCAGGCUCGAUCAACGGACAGUGGAGCGCGGUGGGACGGACGGCCGUCACUACCACCCUAGCCGGCUGCACUGCAGCGCUAACAACCCUCUUUGGUAAACGUCUUCUUUCGGGACACUGGAAUGUUACGGACGUAUGCAAUGGCCUUCUGGGAGGGUUUGCAGCCAUCACAGGAGGCUGCUCCGUCGUAGAGCCGUGGGCAGCGAUUAUUUGUGGAUUUGUGGCAGCCCUCGUCCUCCUUGGGUGCAACAAGCUUGCGGAGAAGCUCAGAUACGACGACCCGCUUGAGGCAGCGCAGUUACACGGAGGGUGUGGAGCAUGGGGACUAAUAUUUACAGCGCUUUUCGCUAAGGAAAAGUACUUGAACCAGAUUUACGGUUGGGUGAGUGCAACUAUGGGAACGCUUUUCUUCAUCCUCAAGAAAAUGAAACUGUUGCGGAUAUCGGCAGAGGAUGAGAUGGCCGGUAUGGAUAUGACCCGGCACGGUGGUUUUGCUUAUAUGUACUUUGAUGAUGAUGAAUCUCACAAAGCCAUUCAGCUUAGGAAAGUUGAGCCUCGAUCUCCUUCUCCUGGUGUUAUUACCACUCCUGUUUGAAUAGAAUUUUUAUUAUUUUUGUUGGUAUUACUAUUAAUGAUCCUUUUGAGUAUUCUAAUAUUAUUUUGGAUAGUUUUUGCAUUACAAUUAUGUUUUAGUUGUACAGUUUUUUUGUAGGUUGUGAUUGUUAUUAAGCUAUGUACAAUGAGUCUGUUUGAAAAAUUAAUUCAACAGUUUAACACUUUC